AUGCUCGCUGAAUUAGAACGGAUCGGCGGCGCAGGACUGAUCGUCUGCUUUCGGAAAGAGGCGUUUCGUAGAGAGGAUGGCUCGUAUGUCGAAAAUAAACAUCCGGAGUAUAUUGAAUACGAAGAUCUGGAUUUUCUCCUUGAGAAUUGUCCCUCUCUUAAAGCAGCUACAGCACUGUCACAGGUGAAUUUCACCGUAUCGCACAAGCACGUUAAUCAGUCGCUUGAAAUCCAAGGCGUUACACCUUUCUAUGAAGAGGUUAAUAACUGGUACAUUCAAGCCGGUAGAUUUAUUACGCAGAGCGACAUGGAGCGGAGAGAACCCGUCUGUGUAAUCGGUUCUGAAGUCCGAAAAGACCUGUUUGAGAUGGAGGAUCCAAUUGGGCUUGAACUUAGAGUCGGCACGGAACGGUUCACCGUCAUCGGGGUCAUGGAGGAAAAAGGGAACAGCAUGGCGAGUGAGGGGUGGGAUAAUCGGGUAAUUAUCCCCCUCACUACAAUGGAAAUUCGUUUUAUCGGGCAGCAGAAAGGCUGGAUCUUCUUGUGGGCGCAAGCCGAGAGUUAUGACAAGGUUGAACAAGCCGUCGCUGAAGUCAAAAUUGCGAUGCGACAGCAACACGGUGAUGAAAAAUAUUUUGAAUUUUUCACCGCUAAGGAGAUUAUAAAACAGGUAGGUAACGUCAGCCGGAUUGUUCAAAUACUCUUAGGUGGCGUUGCGAGUGUUGCCUUGUUCGUUGGCGGCAUUGGGAUCAUGAAUAUUAUGUUGGUCUCCGUAACAGAGAGAACACGUGAAAUCGGCUUGCGCAAAGCCCUUGGAGCAAAACGUCGCGACAUCCUGAUCCAAUUCCUCAUUGAAGCCAUCGUUUUGAGCAUUUGCGGUGGGCUCAUUGGCAUUUUCAUUGGAAGCAGCCUCGCCUCUGUUUCCGGUUUGGCGAGUUGGCCCGCUGUUGUUUCUGUCCAAGCCGCUUUGAUCGCAUUUAGCGUUUCCGCAUUAAUCGGCAUAUUUUUUGGACUCUAUCCAGCGAACAAAGCCUCAGGCCUCACCCCAACCGAGGCACUGCGUCACGACUAA